AUGUCCGGGCGCGGGAAGCAGGGCGGGAAGGCGCGCGCCAAGGCCAAGUCGCGCUCGUCGCGGGCCGGGCUGCAGUUCCCCGUGGGCCGCGUGCACCGGCUGCUGCGCAAGGGCAACUACGCGGAGCGCGUGGGCGCCGGCGCCCCGGUGUACCUGGCGGCCGUGCUGGAGUACCUGACGGCCGAGAUCCUGGAGCUGGCGGGCAACGCGGCCCGCGACAACAAGAAGACGCGCAUCAUCCCCCGCCACCUGCAGCUCGCCAUCCGCAACGACGAGGAGCUCAACAAGCUGCUGGGCAAGGUGACGAUCGCGCAGGGCGGCGUGCUGCCCAACAUCCAGGCCGUGCUGCUGCCCAAGAAGACCGACAGCCACAAGGCUAAAACCAAGUAAACCCGCAAGUGGCACGUUUACUUUUCUGAAAAAAACCCAAAGGCUCUUUUCAGAGCCACCCACAAGGUCCUAAGAGAGCUGAGUUAUCGAAACAACAGUGACGGCCGUUUAGUAUUUAUUACUCAACCCGUGUUUAAACUUGUCUUUAUUUUUCGUUGGAUAUGGUAGCAAUAUUUUCCAUAUUGUUAACAAAGUCGUGCCAAAAUGCCCUCCUCCCCAUGCAAGUUCUUCUUGGUAUGGGAUAUUUUUCGUCUAGUUCUGAGAGUUUCUGUCUCUUCCCCCCCCUUUUUCGCCUCUCUUCUCCGAGUGGAUGAUACAGUUCCAGAGGUAAGAGGCGUAAUCGUCUGCGGGGAAGGGAGGGGGGAAGGCAGCGGGCCGGGAUUUCCGCUGGCCAAUCCUUGAGCAGGGCGGGCUUUUUCAAUAGUUAAAGCUUUUCCUUUCUCGUCGGGAACAAAAGGAUUGGGAGAGAUCAGGGCUGUUUUUGUGAAAUCCUACCCUCCUCCCCCCUAACAGACAAAGGCAUUUAUGGAGAUACUUUAAGAGAAAAAAUUCAAAAUAUUAGACAUGGCUCAGUAGUAGCGUGCCUGGCAAUUGCAUUAUUUUCUUACAAAAUAUAUCUUCUAAAAAAACAUACAUCCGAUUUUUUAUCAAAUCAUUGUUUCUCGGUAGUCAGAAGUAAUCACUCGGAGGAAAAACAAAAGUCUACACUUCCCUAAAGCCGCCGCGCUCUACCGCGUUCUUUAGUAUAUCUUUCGAUAAUCCUAGGGAACAAAAAACACAAAACACAAUUGACCUCUUGACGACUUACGAAUUGCUGGACCCCUGCUGCAGGUUACGGACGACCCGGGUGCAUCAGCUCCUUUAGGGAAAGUGUGGGUGGCUCUUAAAAGAGCCGUUGGAUAACAAACUAUGUGGAACAAAACUCUUCUGGUGCAAUUUACUUCUUCUUGGGCGCUGCCUUCUUCGCCUUGGCUGCUUUCGGCUUGGCCGCCUUGGGCUUGGCUGCUUUGGGCUUCACCGCUUUUGCCUUAGCCGGGCUCUUCGCUGCCUUUUUGGGGCGCCCUGCCUUGGCGGCUUUCUUGGGGCUCUUCGCUGCCUUCUUGGCCGCUGCUGCCGCCGGCUUCUUCGCCUUCUUGGGGCUCUUCUUCACCGCCGCUGCCUUCUUGGGCUUCUUGGCAGCGCUGGCGGGCUUCUUGGCCGCCGGCUUCUUGGGCUUAGCAGCCGGCGCCCUUUUCUUCGGCGCCUUUUCUUUAACUUCUCCGGGCUUCUUGUUGAGGCGGAAAGAUCCGGAGGCGCCGGUGCCCUUGGUCUGCACCAGGGUGCCCUUGCUGACGAGGCUCUUGAGCCCCAGCUUGAUGCGGCUGUUGUUCUUCUCCACAUCGUAGCCGCCGGCGGCCAGCGCCUUCUUGAGCGCGGCGAGGGAGAGCCCCUUGCGCUCCUUGGAGGCGGACACGGCCUUGGUGAUCAGCUCGGUGACGCUGGGCCCCGCGGGCUUGCGGGCUUUGGAGCCGCUCGCCGCCUUCUUCGGCUUCUUGGCGGCGGCCUUGGCGCCGGGCGCGGGCGCGGCCUCGGCGGCGGCGGGAGCGGUCUCGGACAUCGCGGCUGCUUCCUCGGCGGAGCGGGCGAACACAAUUGGGCUGGCCCGGGUCAGAUGCUCGUAUUUUUAGAGCGGAGCCGCGCCCUGAUUGGUGGGUUGCAGAGCCCGCCCCGCCGCCCGGCCGGGGAGCCCUUCGGUGUGCUCGAUUUGUGUUUCUUUGGACUAACAAAAGUGUGUUUUCCUCGGAAUUUCUGCCACCAAAUCGCCCGGUUUCCCCGGUGAGGGGGGAGAAGAGCAGGUACUUGCGUUCGGGAGAGUUUCCUGCGGCUAACUCGCGAUUUGAGUUAAAGGAGAGGCGAUAAAUCCCGUGUGCUGCUGCUGGAGAGACCUCUGAAGGGAGAAACUUUUGUUUUUCCUUGCAAAUUAAAAAUUUCCUUUUGACAUAAAUGUUACGGCAACAACUCAGUCUUAUUCUUUAGAGGGUUUUCUUGGGGACAAAGUUGAAAUCUGGCGAUUUGAAGCUAUUUUGACAGUUUAAAUUGAUUUUGAAGAGGAGGAAGUAACACAAACUCCUUUUUCAGCUCUGAAUAUGGAUUAAGAACCGGUUCCUUUGACCAUGUGUUUUACCUACUAAAACGCUAAAGUCUAGUGAAAUAGUGUCUCGUACAGCCUCCUAUUCCACUUUUUAUAAAAAUAUAAGCAAUUUGUUAUUAUCUGGAGAUUUAUGAACAUACAGUAGGUUUAUUUUGUCUUCCUGGAUUUUCAGUACAAGGCAGGGAAAGUUGCUCUGCUGCCUUAUGUAGGGUGUUUUCUUUUUGUUUGUUUUCCAUGCGACUUUUUCUAGCAAUUAUUAAAUAAAUCAAGCUGUUUGAUUAUCACGUUCCAUUUUAUUUUGAAGUAUGUAGGCAUUUAAAACCUUAUGUUAGGAAACUGCAGCUUUGCAAAAGAAAGCAAUCUCCUAAACUUCUGUUGUUUAUGGAAAUUAUCUUUGUCCGUGGUAAUUUAAGAUUAGCAAGGAUUAGAAUCGCAGUUUAGUAACCAUUCUCUUCAUUCCCAAAGAAUAUUAUCUUUUUUAAUAUUUUCUCUAAUAGCAGUAGAAUUUUAAACCAUGUUACUGUUUGGAUUUCUUUAUGCGUGUCACAGAAUAUGGCUACACAAAGGUUUAGCUAAAGCCUCUGAAUUCUGGAUCCUCUUCUCUCUCUAAAUAAAACCCACCAAAUUUUUACUUGUGCAUUUUACUUGUGCAGGAAUCACUGAAAUAAGGAAAUACUUUUAUGGCAGGAACUAGAGCACUUUGUGAUAACCUGAGUUUUAACAAGGGGAGAGGUAGGCCAUAGGUCAUUCCUAAAGAACCGGGAAGGAGUCAAUCAAUACUGAUAUCUGCUGGAAUAUGGUGUAAUAUGCUGAACAGAACAGAGCUCUGGAUUAAUAUUUCAUUAAUCUCUAACUGAUUAUGAAAAAAAGUGUAUUAUUCAUUGCCUUUUCUAGUUGUUUAAAAAUAACAAAGACUACAGUACAGCCAUCCCUGUUUGUGUUACUUGAUAAAGCACAUAUAAUGUGAAUGCAGUAUUUAAGUACAUAUUUGCACCUAGAAACUCAGAGUGUAUGAGGAGAUAGUUUUAGGGAAAUGUAAUUCUAUUUUUGUGUCAUGGUUUCAUUUACAAUUGCUAUAUUUUAAAAAUUAGAAUGUAUAUAAGAUGAGAAAUUUAGCUUGCUGUAAAAUUGUGUUUCAGGGAAUGUGAAAUUAUGAAUAAAUGCGGUGAAGGGAAAAAAUUGUGCCCUCCACCCCAUAAUGAUAAAAUACCAUUUAAAAAGUUGCAGUAAAACUGCACCUGAGCUCUGCAAUUAUUUAAUAGGAAAAUAAUUGAGAGAACAGCUAAUCAGGAUGUGACUUUCAAUAUCUUGUUUGGCAAUACUGCGUAGCACAAGGAUACAGGGCUUAAAUGGAGUGGCUGUGGGUGUUUCAAAUAUACCUUCAGAAACUGCCAAAUGAAAGUAAAAUGUUCUAAAGCCUUUACCCUGUAUAUGUACACGUGUGAAUUAACCUUUCCACUGAUUUGACUGCAUAGUGUAAUAAGGUAGGAAUUGCUGGGAAGAAAUGAAAUUUAGCAGUUGCCUGGAGACUUCUUUGCAUAUAGACAGAGAAAAAGCAUAGACUGUGAGUGACAUGUCAGCAAAAUAAAAAAUUCCUUUUUGCUUAUUCAUAUUAUUUUGAACACAUUUAAUUCAGUAGUCUUUACUGAAGGAACUGUGACUAUUCCAGCUCUCAUUUGUGGCUUCACAGAGUCUGCAUUCACAUUUGUUGGUGGCAAAAUUGAGGUGGUUACAACAAUUGGUCACUAUCCCAGUUUUCUGCCUGGCUUUUCUCUCAGCAGUUGCUACCCUUUCCCCAUUUCCAAAAACGUCUGCUAAGUAUAUAUGUGUCAUCUUCAGGUCUCUAGUUGCAAUCUAGUAACUUAAACUGAAGUAACUUCAGAAAUUUAAUGGCAGAGAAGCUAUAAUCUCUCUAAUCUCUCUUUUUUUUUAAUAUAGUUUUAACGCAGAGAUAAACCUACUUUACUGAUGUAGAAUUGCUGCUUUGAACACAUACUCCUUUUUAUGUGAAAGAAAUACAUGUGCAGGAACAAUAUUUUGGAAAGUGAAGGUGUAUUUGGCAGUUUUCAACAAAUAGUUGAAAAAGAAUGAACAGAUGUACUCAGGCAGAGAAAAAAUGUGGAGAAAGAUUACCUAAGAGGUAGAAGUGGAAGUUUUACCUCUAGCUGGGCAAAUGAAGAAGGAAAAUUUUCCUGUUUUAGAAAUAGGAUAUUGUGAAAAAAUAUAAUUGAGAAGACACUACAAGACAUAGACUGUGACAUGCAGUUUGCUUUUCCCAAUGAGACUAGAGUGAAGUAGAAUUAAUUAUUCAAUGAGGGAAGAAAAGUAAUGUCAGGAUCUCCAGAGACACCUCUGGAGAAGGCACCACUGUAAGGUCUGCUUCAUAUGAAUGACUUCAAUCCUUCCCACCUUAUGGGCACCCCAGCAGGCCGAACUGCAUCACAAACCUGCAAUCUGAGCCCUCCCUGCAAGUUGCUUCCCUUCAGAUACCCAAAUCUGCCCAACUUUGCAGUUAAGACCUUAUUAAGACCUCUUGGGAAGCAGGAAGACACAGGAACCACAGGAGCCAAGGGCUGGCACUACACCUGGGAGCUAUCAAACGUUCCCAUCUGCAGUUUAGGACCUGCCAACACUUGUUCCUAAGAAAAUAAGCUGUGGGUUAUAUUUAGGUAUGUCUGCAUCAAGGAGAGGUAGCACAGUGGUUGUUCUCCAGCAGUUUUGUUAGGAGGCAUUAGCAUGAGAGCCAGCCACAGCAAUGUGGCUGCUGGGCUGCUCUGCCUGCUCCAGCUGAGUGCUGAGCUCCUUCCUGCACUCUGGAGGAAGCACAGAGCCCCUCUCCUGGCUCCAAAUGGCGAUUUCCAGAGGGAUUUAGGUGAGAGAUUUACAUGGUGUGCUGCAUUCCCACAUACAUGUUCCACAGGAAAGACAUAAGGGUGCUCCUUGCAACCAUGAUUGCACUCCUAUUAGUGUUACACCCAUGCCUUACUUGCCCUCAGUGACAUCAUCUUUCAUCUGAGUUUCAAAUGUAAUAACACUUGUGUGAUCCAACCAGCCAGCACAGUUUAGCAACUUUUAAAACUUAGCUAAGGAUUUUUAAAGGGAGACCUACCAAACUACAAACUUGUUGCAGCUCAGCAGGACAAGUCUCUGCCUACAUAAUACUAAUGUGUCUGCUGCUGCUGCUGCUGGUAAGGCUUUUAAGUAUACUGAGGUCACACAAGGCCUUUUAAAUUCAGGGAAUGAGUGAGCAUCUAUAUGGAGCAGAGCAAAUAGGGCAGGGCAGCUGAUGACUGUCCCCACAGACUCAGCUUCCUGGAAUGUUGUACACUCCUCCCUGUACCCUUGGUUAAGGGUUGGGGUGCCUGUUGUGUCCUCCCUUUUUGAUUGCCAUGGCAUGUAAUUUGGCAAUUGAGAAUCUGUAGUCUGAAACAUGGAUAUGUCUGUAGUUAAGAGGCACUGGGAAGGAAAUCCUUCCUGGGAAAGCAAAAAAAAAAAAAAAAAAAGAAAA